AUGGAGACUCUCAGCGAGGAUAUCGGAGCUUGUCAUGCAACGACGCCGCCUGGACUCGCACUCGCGAACCCCUUGAGCAUCGGGAGCAUCGGCCAUCCGACGUUCUGCCACUCAUUAUGUAAGCAUGCCCAGGAUGGUGAAUGCUGCCCACACGGUGCUUCGUGCACGUGGUGCCAUCAUCCCCGCUGCACGCGAAGAAGGUGCCUGUGCAAGAAGAGCAGGACAUCUUUGAGCCUACUGGAUGACAUCAGCAAGAUUGGCAUCGUGUGGGGCGUCCUGGGGGCGAAGGUCGGGGAGCUCGGCCUCGGCCAGGAGGCGGCGCAGGCUCUGGAGAAGUGGCGCUGUGACGUCAUGAGCAUGCCGCAGGUUGCAGGACGCCCUCUGAGCGUGCAGCGGCUCCAACCGGCUCUUUCGAAAGAGCUGCACGCCCUGAGGAUUACCGAUCUGUGCGUUCGGCCCAUUCUGCCGGAUGGUGUCGUGGAGCGCACAGGUCGUCUGCUGGUGGAGCUGAGGACCAUCGCGUCUGUGGCGUGCAGUGCGAAGACGAUCAUGCCGCCACCGGGCCUCGAGACCUGCGGGCCGAAGACGCUGGAGCCCGCGGGGCUCGCUCGCGACGAGACGUGCGAGUUUUCGGCCAUCGAUCUGUGA